ACAGUUUCUUCCGGCGAGUAACGAAAAAUGGGUAUAGAGAAAAAGGGUGGAGGCAUGGAGGAGGCUACGGCGGAGUUUGAGAGACUCCAAAUCGAUAUCCUCCGUAGAAUCUCAGUUCUGGAAAGCUUGAUUCUCCCGGAGAGCUCCUCGCCUUCUCUACCGGACGAUGAAAGUCAAACAGUGUCUCGCCUCUCCGCCAUUCUCCGUUCCGGCGGCGUUAAAGAAUUCUCCUUCAAGAGGGUUUCUCCAGAUUACUACGACCGGCCUCUUGAAUCCCGCCGCGACGUUCUCGGCGCUUCCUCCGUCGAUCAUCUCUGCAAGAGCAUUGUUCUGGUUAAUACUCAAGCUUCGUCAGAUAUUAAGGAUUGCAGUAAUUGCAACAACUCAAAGUAUUAUGUGGUUGUUGUUCAGUAUACCGCCAGAUUCAAUGCGGAAGCGGUGAAGAGCUUCCUUUAUUCACUAAACGAGGGCAAGAUCCCAAAGAAAAGAUUUAAUUUGAGACUUGCCCCCGAGGAGACGUCAACUCAGCUCACUGGGUUUGAGCACAAUGCUGUAACCUGUGUAGGGAUGAAGACAAGCAUACCGGUAAGUUCUGAGCCAUUUUUCUGCGUCCUGCGUUGUUUCUGCUACAAUAAUCAAUUGGAUAAUAGACAUGUGGUGUGCCAUGAGAGUAGCCUCUACCCACUUGUGUUUUCUUCUCCUAGACAAAACCAGUUUUGCACUGUCUUUUGUGUUUGUUAAUAGUCACAGAGAAUUUCCCUUUUCACAUACACCAAGCGUUUUCCAGACUUCACAGUCUAAAUUUCUUGUCCUAAUUGUCACAGACCCUGAAGGGGUACAAUGCCCAAUGGGUGACACAGCUACAUUUUGUGUUUUGCUUGUUUAUCUUGGUCUAUAAUGGAGUUGUGGUACAUUUUAACACUCUUUGCAUUUUACAUGGAGGCAAAGUUUAGUUAAGAGUUUUUCCUAAGAGCCAGAUGCUGAUAAGUGUUUGUCCGACUCAUUGUCUUUAGGAAUUUCUCCGUUUUAAUUCAAUACCAGAGUUAGUAAUGGGUGUCAGAUUUAAAUGACUUUAAUUUUGUUGACUGAGUAUGAAUAAUCUUGGGCUCAGACCCUACUACAUUGAUGUGCAGAAAUUUACUACUUUAGCGUUCAUGCCACACAUAUUUGUGCUACUGUGACACAUCUCUUUUUCAAAAUAAUAUUUAGACCUAGUAUUCAUAGAGUUGGAAGUUCGUUUAGUGGGAGAUAUGUAUAAAAUGAAAUCUGGUUUCUUGUAUUGAGAUUAAGCAGUACUGAUGAGUUGGCUGGGAAAUGUCAGGUUAUAUUGGAUGAUGCCAUAACCAAACUUAGACCGGACUUCUUCUGGUUGGGAGGUGGGGAGAUCGAUCUGAAGCUUGGUGUCAGAACAUCUGAGUUCCUUGAUUUUGUGAAACCAUUCGUAGUUCCGUGUAGCUGAAAGCUGAAAUCUGUUUAACAACAUUUUUUCAUGUCUUUCAUUCUAAGUAGACCAUAAGUAUAUGGUCGGUACUUUAUCAAAUUUUACAGAUAGCUAAGAUUUGAGCUGCGGGCAGUGAGGGUUUUGUACCUUUCACAGACAGACAUUGGUAUUCUUUUUAAUGAAAGACAUUGAUAGUUUUAAAUGGAUUGUGUGGCAGAAGGG